CCUUCUACUCUUGCUCUUCUUCUUCUCAUCCCUGAGAGAGAGCGCCACUCUCCCUUUCGUUUCCUCUCUCCCUUUCUCUUGCGAUUUCUACUCUCUCUCUCUCUCUCUACGCGUACUCGCUUCUCUGCUGAUCAGGUGCAAAUUUUGCGACCAAGAUGGCGACUUUUGCCAAACCAGAGAACGCUUUAAAGCGAGCUGAAGAGUUGAUAAAUGUGGGGCAGAAGCAAGAUGCUUUGCAAGCUCUGCAUGAUCUCAUCACCUCAAAGAGGUACCGAGCAUGGCAAAAGACACUUGAAAAGAUCAUGUUCAAAUAUGUGGAGCUUUGUGUUGACAUGCGGAGGGGAAGGUUUGCAAAGGAUGGUUUAAUACAGUAUCGCAUAGUGUGCCAACAAGUGAAUGUAAAUUCCUUGGAGGAGGUAAUCAAGCAUUUCAUGCAUCUCUCCACUGAGAAAGCUGAACAAGCUCGUAGUCAGGCACAAGCACUAGAAGAAGCUCUCGAUGUUGAUGAUCUUGAAGCAGAUAAGAGGCCAGAAGAUCUGAUGCUUAGUUAUGUCAGUGGAGAGAAGGGAAAGGACAGGUCUGAUCGUGAACUUGUUACCCCGUGGUUCAAGUUCCUGUGGGAGACCUAUAGAACUGUGCUUGAAAUAUUACGGAACAACUCAAAGUUGGAGGCAUUAUAUGCGAUGACAGCACAUCGAGCUUUCCAAUUCUGUAAACAAUACAAACGGACAACAGAAUUUAGGCGGCUGUGUGAGAUCAUCAGAAAUCAUUUAGCAAACCUCAAUAAAUAUAGGGAUCAAAGGGACCGGCCUGAUCUGUCAGCCCCAGAGAGCUUGCAGCUGUACCUUGAUACACGAUUUGAGCAGCUGAAAAUUGCUACUGAGCUUCAACUCUGGCAGGAAGCUUUUCGGUCCAUUGAAGAUAUUCAUGGAUUAAUGUGCAUGGUCAAAAAGACUCCUAAGCCAUCUUUGAUGGUGGUAUACUAUGCCAAGUUAACUGAGAUUUUCUGGAUGUCAUCAAGUCAUCUUUAUCAUGCAUAUGCAUGGUUCAAACUUUUUUCACUUCAGAAAAGCUUCAAUAAGAACUUAAGCCAGAAGGAUUUACAGUUGAUAGCCUCGUCUGUUGUGUUGGCUGCGCUAGCAGUUGCUCCCUAUGACCACACUCUUGGCUCAUCUCAUCUGGAACUUGAAAAUGAAAAAGAGCGCAACUUGAGGAUGGCCAAUCUAAUUGGGUUUAAUCUAGACCCAAAACCUGAGAGUAGGGAAGUGCUGUCAAGGUCAUCCCUUCUGUCUGAACUGGUUUCCAAAGGUGUAUUGAGCUGUGCGACGCAGGAAGUAAAAGAUCUUUACCAUCUUUUGGAGCAUGAAUUUCUCCCACUAGAUCUUGCAGCAAAGGUUCAGCCACUGUUAUCAAAAAUUUCAAAACUUGGGGGAAAACUUGCUUCAGCUUCCUCUGUGCCAGAAGUGCAACUGUCUCAAUAUGUCCCUGCCCUUGAGAAGCUUGCUACCCUAAGGUUGCUUCAACAGGUGUCUCAAGUGUAUCAGAUGAUGAAAAUUGAGAGUUUAUCUCAGAUGAUCCCCUUUUUUGAUUUUUCUGUUGUCGAGAAGAUUUCUGUUGAUGCUGUGAAACAUAACUUCAUAGCUAUGAAGGUUGACCAUAUGAAGAGUGUCAUAUUAUUCACUAAUGUGGGUCUUGAAUCUGAUGGAUUGCGAGAUCAUCUUGCAAUUUUUGCUGAAUCCUUAAAUAAAGUAAGGGCCAUGAUAUAUCCUCCAGCAAAAAAAUCUUCGAAGCUAGGUGAGAUUUUACCUGGAUUAGCGGAGAUUGUGGAUAAGGAACACAAGAGACUCCUUGCUCGGAAAUCAAUUAUUGAAAAGAGGAAGGAAGAACAAGAACGUCAACUUUUGGAAAUGGAACGAGAGGAGGAGACAAGAAGGCUGCAGCUGCAGAAGAAAAGAGAAGAGGCAGAGCAGAAGAGGCUUGCAGCUGAAAUUGAGCAAAGGAAGAACCAAAGGAUCCUCCAGGAAAUAGAGCAGCGAGAACUUGAAGAAGCACAGGCUUUGCUUGAGGAUGUUGACAAGCGAAGUAAACGGAAGGGGGGAAAGAAGCCAAUUUUAGAAGGAGAGAAAGUGACAAAGCAAACUAUAAUGGAAAGGGCUUUGAGUGAGCAGCUCAGAGAGAGGCAGGAAAUGGAGAAGAAAUUACAAAAAUUAGCUAAAACAAUGGAUUAUUUGGAAAGAGCAAAGAGAGAAGAAGCAGCUCCAUUGAUUGAGGCUGCUUUCCAACGACGAUUGGUAGAAGAGAAGGCCCUUAAUGAACGUGAGCAGCAGCUAGAGAUUGAACUAAGCAGGCAGCGCCAUGAUGGGGACCUCAGGGAGAAGAAUAGGUUGUCUCGGAUGCUGGACAACAAGAUGAUAUUCCAGGAAAGAGUGAUCAGCCGGCGACAAACUGAGUUUGACAGGCUUAGAGCAGAGAGGGAAGAAAGAAUCAAUCAAAUCAUUCAGGCCCGAAAACAAGAGAGGGAGGCUAAGAGGAAGAAAAUAUUCUAUGUGAGGACUGAAGAAGAAAGACUGAGAAAGUUGCGAGAAGAGGAGGAAGCUCGCAAGCAUGAAGAGGCUGAGAGACGAAGGAAAGAAGAAGCUGAACGUAAGUCAAAAUUAGAUGAGAUUGCUGAGAAGCAGAGGCAGAGAGAGCGAGAACUAGAAGAAAAAGAAAGGCAAAGGCGAGAAGCUCUGUUGGGGAGAACAGCUGAUGGGCCUUCUAGGCCUUCUGAACUUCCUGCUGGAUCUCGUCCAGAGCUUGGAGCUACUGCUCCUGCAGCUGUGACAUCCCCUGGAAAGUAUGUGCCUAGGUUCCGGCGAGAGAAAGAAGGCUCUGGCCAGGCUCCUCCAGAUUCUGACCGGUGGAGCGGUGGAAGCACUAGGCAGGCUCCUUCAGAUCCUGAUCGGUGGAGCAGUGGAGGCACCAGGCAGCUCUCUUCAGACGCUGACAGGUGGGGCAGUGGGGGCACAAGGCAUGCUCCUACUUCAGACACUGAUCGCUGGGGCAGUGGUGGCACCAGGCAGCCUCCUGCAGAUUCUGAUCGCUGGGGUGGUGGCACAAGGCCUGAUGAUCGUAACCCACCUGGUGAUAGGUGGCGUAGCAGCAGCUCAAAGUCUCCUUGGUCAUCAUCUAGGCCACGCGAACGCUGAUCUUCCGAGUUUUCAAGUGUGGGCAUAUUGAAUUCCUAUGCGCGAGAAUGGCAAUGAUUUUUGGUGGAUCAAGAUUGAAAUUUUGUCCAGGAAUCCCCAAGGAAUAAUCGUUUUUUCAAAUUUUGAGACUUGCAGUUAACGGUGGUCUCCUUUUCUAUUAUUUCUUUCUCUCUCUCUCUCUCUCUCUGUCUCUCUCUCUCUCUCUCUUUUUUCCCCUUCUUCUAGUAUGGUGAGCUUUGGGUAAUUAUUGAGUUGUAAUUUGGAACUCUAAGACUUGGGAUAGUUGUUUUAUUCCUUUUUGACUUCAGAUUUGUGUUUUCUUAGUUGCGUUGGGGAUAUGAUCCUGAUGUUGUUUAAGAGUUUAAGGUGCUCAGCCAGUGUUUUCCUGGGUAAUUGUGGAAUGCCGUAUCCUCUGUUUU